AUGGAACAGUCAUUGUUUUUAAUUAGCUACAUAACGUUCAGAAAAAUUAUAUACAUAAUUCACUGCGGAACAGUUGCUACCAUGUCAACCAACAACUAAUGGCAGACAAAGUGAAACGAGUGUAGAUUCAUUAAUCUGGGAGUUUAGUAAAUGUAAAAGCCAUAAUGGCGGCCACUCUGCCGCCCAUCAAGUCCCCUAGUGGGAGCAAACAAGGGUAUACAGUACCUGCUCCUAAGGGACCACCUAGUGGUAAACUGAAGCCACUGAUGAAAAUUGGAAAAACAGAUCGUGAAAUUUUAUUUAAACAAGAAGUUCUUAGACAACAACAGCCAGAUUUAUCAAAGAAACAAACUUCGAGCUACAGAAACACAUACAAACAUAAUUUGUGUCUGGAUAUGUUACAAGAUGGAUAUCACAAGUCUUUUAGUGAACUUUUUGCACUUAUCAAACAACAAGAAGAGGAGAGAUUAGCACAGGGAGAAGAGUCAUUAAUGUGGACACAAACAAUGUUAAAAGACAGACAUCAAGAACUGGACAAGCUUAAAUUUCACCUGACAAAAGCAGAGGAAGCUAUGAGGAAAGAUGACCACUCAGAGGUGUACCACAACAGAUUCGAGCUUGCUCGUUACUUCCAGUCAACAGGAGAUAAAUGGUUAUCCGAUCACUUCUUUAACACCUGUCUGGAAACAAGUUCCAGCAUCAAAGGUGACGGCGGAAAGCUCCGGGCCCAAGGCUACUAUAAUGUGGGAGCUGCACUUGAGGACAAUGGUCAAUACUUUGAGGCAGCUGAACAUUUUGAGAACUACUACAAGCUGGCCGUUGAACACAAGGAGUGGAUUCAAGCAGACGGAUUCACCUACCACACAGAUGCCUGUAUCAAUCUCAGUCGCAUUUAUACCACCAUUGGUCAGCGAAUGGAGGAGGAGGACCAACAGAAUUCCCUCGAAUACCUCAAAAAAGCCCAUAAAUUUGCCACAGAAAGCAAUGACAGAGUUCUUGAGGGACAGGCUGCUUACAGAUUGGGACAGGCCUACGAUAAAAUUGGAGAGGGUGAAACUGCUUUAGAGUACUUAAACAACUACUUGGAUACAUGUAAUGCAACCAAGGAUAGUGAUGGUAUUGGUAAAGCAUGUGAUGCCAUUGCCAAAUCCUAUGCAAGGCAAGGUAAACUAGAGAAAAGUAUAGACUAUCUGAUGAAAUUUGUGGAGGUCACGGAACAGAGCGGGGAGGAGAAAGGCCUCAGUAAAGCUUGUCAUAAUCUGGGAAAUAUAUUUAAUUCUUUGGGUCGGUAUGAAGAAGCCACUGAGUAUUUCAGUAAGGCUUACAACAUAGCCCGAUCCAUGGGAGACUUAGAAUCCAUCAACACAAACAGAGUCCAGUAUGGCAUCUCCAUGGCACACAAGAUGUUGAAGGGACUGAGCGAGCACAUCGUCAUGGGAACCCGCCCGGCCCUAGAGAGGCUCUGUGAGUGGAAGGAUGCUAGAACUGACGACUUUAAGAAGCCUUUCCCUGAGCCAAAAGUAGAGGAGCCCCCUGCACCAUCAGCACCCAAAGAGGAACCUGAAAAGCCUGCCUCUGAAAAAGCGGAGUCAAGCAAGGGAGAGGAAGCAAGCUAAAGGGAGAUCAUUUAGAAUUUCAAAAGUGAAGUACAAUUUCAGAAAUGAACCAAAAACUUAAGAUCAAUGUGGUUCAAACCCUAUAAGGUGUAGAAAAAAAAGAUCCUGUGAUAUUUUAUUCUUGUUGAUACAUAUAUAUAUAAUGCUUAGUGCAUUCAUACUUAAUUCCUGUGAAAGAACAUGAUUACAAUAUGUGCUAGUACAUAUGUACAUAUAAAGUAUGAAAUGUCAUGUUACUGAUAUAGGAGUGCCUUAUGUGCCUAAUAUUGAACUUGAUUUGGUACAGGCACAAUCUGUAUUGCAUUCUGUUCUGUAAAUGUCAUUCUAUCUACAUCAUGUUGAUUGUACAUUUUUUGUUUUUUGUAAAAUGUAAAAAUGUCAUUAAAUAAAUUCACUUACAUAAAACUUAAAAA